ACAUGGUCGCGAGGCGGUCAGUGUACACUAUGCGAAGGAUGGCGGAGCUGCAACCUAUCAAGGAGCAGAGCUCCUGGAUAUUAAGUUGGCUUCCCUCUUGGUGCCCCACAUCUCCCUCUCAGCUGAAAGAUGCAGAAGAAAAAAUGCUUAAGAGUGUGAAGCAGCCUUUCUCCAGGCAGCACGUCCGGCUAUCCAACAACAACUAUCUGUGGACCCUAGCUUUUUCCACUCAUCCGCAGCCACACUCUCCACCCCACACCCCUACCCAGCCCAGGCCCCCUCUGGUUCUGCUGCACGGCUUCGGAGGCGGGCUUGCCCUUUGGGCCCAAAACCUGGACGCUCUCUCCAGCAGUGGACCGGUCUACGCUCUAGACCUGCUCGGCUUCGGCAGGAGCAGCCGCCCCCAGUUCACAGCCCACCCGGAGGGGGCUGAGGAGCAGUUUGUGGCAGCCCUGGAGGAGUGGAGGGAGAAGGUGGGACUGGAGGAAAUGGUGCUGCUGGGACACAACCUCGGAGGAUACCUGUCUGCUGCCUACACGCUCAAAUACCCACACAGGGUGAAGCAUCUGCUGCUGGUGGAGCCGUGGGGGUUCCCAGCUCGUCCAGAGAACCCCAACCACAGCUCCAUCCCAGUGUGGAUCAGAGCCAUGGGGGCUUUCAUGAGCCCCUUCAACCCUCUGGCUGGCCUCAGACUGGCUGGGCCUCUAGGUCCAAUGCUGGUCCAAACGAUCAGGUCCGACUUCAAGCAGAAAUACUCCUCUGUGUUUGACGACAACACAGUAUCUGACUACAUCUACCAUCUGAAUGCCCAGACUCCGAGUGGAGAAACAGCCUUUAAGAACAUGACCAUCCCCUAUGGCUGGGCUGUGAGGCCCAUGCUGGAGAGGAUCGACCAAGUCCAAGCUGACGUUCCCAUUUCUUUCAUCUAUGGAUCACGCUCCAGCAUCGACAGUGACUCUGGAUAUGCGUUCAAGAAAACCAGACAAGAUGUGGAAAUCAGGGUGAUCAGAGGAGCUGGCCACUACGUUUUCGCCGACCAACCUGAUGACUUUAACCAGACGGUCCUUCAGAUACUCGCUAGCACGGAGAAGAAAAGCGAAGGUCAGGAGGGAAUGAAGCAGCGAGAGCUCCCUCAGUUAGAUGGCACACAGGAGGGCACAGGGGUUAACUAACCCAAACCUGCGACACAGCAACAAUAGUUUUACUGUCUUUAUAACGCACUUUACUCUGAAGAGAGACCCAUCACUGGCUGAGGACGCUUUACUUAUAUUUCCUCAGGCUUCGUGUCAAAGGUCAGAUGAUGCCACCACACUCAUGUUUUGUAAAUAAAUGUGAGAUGCAGUCUGUGUUGCUCACUUACUUAC